GGCAGCUACUCUGGCAUAUCUCUACCAGAAGCUGAAUGAGGCCUCCAACUGGAGGACGAGGCAGCUGGUCGGAUCCUGCACUCUGCUUACGAGCUGGAUCAUCUCCUACUUCUCCCGCAUCCACGGCUUCCACAUCGAUCCUGCGUACGUUGACGCCAUGCCCAGGGCCGCCAGAUACGCCCUCCAGAGGGGGAACGAUGCGGUGGGACCAUACCGCCUGUACCUGGACCGCACGAUGCACGACGACGUCACCUGGAGGCCGUUCGCCGACUAUGCUCAGGUUGUCCCCUUCGACGGGGUUGCUCUAUAUUCAGGCUGGUUGGCAUGCGGGACCGGCAUCAUGGUCCGGUAUCUCCCGGAGCGGUGCAUGCGGCAGUUUGGGUUCGUGCAGAUCAUACCCAGGUCACCCUUCGAGGCUGCUCCUGACACAGUGACCAGAGUGCAGCUCACUGCCAUAUGGGAGGAGUGGCAGCAUCAUGUGGUACCGGAGGAGUACCGUCGCAUGCGGGUCACCCAGGACUGGCACAGUGUGGAGGGGUACGUCACAUGGUUCUACCGGGUGUCCCAUCCUCUCUUGAGACCCGACGUUCCCGGCGCUCCUAGGCCAGCACACGAGGAGAUCCUGGAGAACCGGCAGGCGGAGGAUGACCACGCCAUUGAUCUCCUUCCGAUCUGCCAGCGGAUACAGAUGCUUGGGCGGGACGCGUUGGAUCGAGGUGUCAUUCAUCAGGGCGGACCAGAGGCAGUCGCCGUGAUGGAGAUCAUCGUCACUGAUGCGGGCCGUGCGGCGGGGUACAGGCGGCAGAGGAGGGCCCAGGGUGAGCGGGUUAGGCACACCCAGUAGUGGUGGGGUUUAUUCAUUUUUUGAUUUUGGAUUGUAUAUUUAGCACACUAUUUUUAUUUA